UCAGGAGGCUACGCAAGUUCCGACGAUUGAUCCAUCGAUUUUGCAAAGGAAGAACAGUUUCUAACAGGCCGACUGCCAUGUCCGACUACUUUGAGGAACUGGGUCACGUGCCCACCGGACCGGAGGGAGCCAACGACUUUGAGCGAAAUUUCAAACGCCUCCAGGUUUUGGCCAUUAUGAACGGCAUCGACAUGGAAAUCGAGGUGCCGGAAGCCUCCAAACGGGCUAUAGCCGAGCUGCCUGUCCACGAGAUUCUGGAAUCAGAGGUUAGCGUCGAACUGGAGUGUUCAGUCUGCAAGGAGCCAGGAGCUGCCGGCGAAAAGUACAAGAUCCUGCCCUGCAAGCACGAGUUUCACGAGGAGUGCAUCCUCCUUUGGCUGAAAAAAGCCAAUUCGUGUCCUUUGUGUCGUUAUGAGCUAGAAACCGAUGACGAGGUUUACGAGGAGCUACGUCGGUACAAGCAGGAUGAGUCCAAUCGUCGCGAACGCCACAACACUCUGAUGGACUCCAUGUUUGGUUAAUGAAAUAUACCAAUGAAACUUAUAAAAUUAUCAUUCUGAAAUGGGUUUGGGUUAAAUUACUGGUGUGUUUCAAUAAAAGAUAUAUAAUG